AUGAUGGAUAAAAUUGAUGAAACUGAUAAACUAGAUAAAAAGAAGAAAAAGAAGCAUAUUAUUGAGUAUAAUUAGUUUAUUGAAGAAUUUGAAUUCGUCCAUCUUUCUGGAUUGAAAGGUCUUGAAAGAGCUCGUCAAAUUCAAUAGAAGAGCACAAAUAAAAUGUUUGAUUACAUUGAGAUGGAUUUGAGAGGAGUAGAUACAAUAGAUAAAUAUGAAAAUUACUGUGAGAGUUUAUUCGAGAUAAAUUAAAAGGAAAUCUUGCAAAUGAAGUUUUAUUCAAGGGUAUUUGUAGAAGAAUCGCUUGGAGAUCCUUAUUGCAGAUACUUUUUAAUAUUUGAAUAUUGCGAAAGUUCAGUGGAAACAGAAAUAUAGCAUUUAAAAAAGAGGAAUAAGCAACUUAAAAAAUCUACACUUAGAAAAAUAUUUGAAUCUGUUGCUAUUGCAUUGAAUCACUUUCAUACAAAGCAGAUAGUUCAUGGAGAUUUGAGAUCAUCUAAAAUAUUUAAAAAUGAAUAAGGCUAAUAUAAAUUGAUGCCUCCUAAAAUCAAAAAUAGGAAGGCUACUGAAAAAUAUUACCACUCACCCGAAUAUCACCUUAGCAAAAAUUUUAGAGCAGCAUAUGAGAAAUAAUAAAAUAAUCCCAUUAAGGGAGAAAUUUAUACAUUUGGUAUGAUAAUGUUAGAACUAGGUACUUUCAGUGAUGACUUAUAUAAUGCAUAUGGAAAGUUUUAAAUGAAUGAAGAUGUGAUUUAAAAUGCUUUAUAGAAUUUUUCUAUGCUUUAUGGUUAUCAUUUAACAGCGGUUGUAAAGAAGAUGCUCAAUUUAGAUGCAUAACUUAGGCCUACUGCUAAUGACAUUAUAGAGCUUCUCCAAUCUUAGGAAUUACAUGAAAUGGAAAAGGAAAUUAAUAACCCUUAUAUUAAACUACAACAUAGCUUUUAAAGUGAAAGUGAAGAAGAUAGCAAUGCUGCUACAACUAUUCAUGCGAAUUAAAAUGGUUUGCACCCCUAAUCUCAUGAAGAAAAAUUUAAGAGGGAAGAUGGAAAUAAAAAAUCUACAUUCUUUUAACUACAGCCUUAGAGCUCUUAAAAUAUUUAGUUACCAGCAAUUAAAAUAAACAUUAAAGCACCUUCUAAUGUAGAAUCACAAGAUUCUUAGCAAGAUAUUUUAAACACAAGCACAGUUAUUGGUAAAAAUAAUGUUCUUUAAACUCAUCAAAGUUCAGAUAAAACUCCGGUUACUAAUAGAAGCUAAAGGAGUAGACAAGGGACACAAAUAUAUGUCAAAAGUAGUUUAAGUAGACAACAAUCUAAUUCAUCAAUUUAAGGAGAUACCAAGAAUUUUUAAACAUUCGGAAGAGUUGCUAAGGCAGUCAUAAAAUUAAAAGACUCAGUUAGGAAUGAAGAAGAGGAAGAAGACAAUGACGAUUUGCUUAGAGAAAAAAAAAUAUAUGAAACAUUACCAUAAGAAUAUUAAGAUGAAAUAGAUUCAAAAGUCAAUGAAAAUCUUAAAAAUAUCGAAAGAGAUUAUACAGUUGAUUAUUUACCAAACGGUCAUAGAUAUUAAGGUGAAAAAUUGUAAGGGGUUCCUCAUGGAUGGGGGAUUUUUUGGUGGGCAAAUGGAGAAAUUUAUGAAGGAGAAUUUUUAAACGGGAAGUAUCAUGGAAUAGGUAUUUAUUACUGGCCUACUGGCGUUAAGCAUUAUGGUGAAUUUAGUUAUGGAGAAAUUAAAGGAUUAGGAGUUAGGUUUUAUUAAGAGGGAGAUAUUUAUUUUGGUGAGUGGCAUAGAGGAAAAAACCAUGGAAAAGGAACUUUUUAUUGGUAAAAAUCUUUAGCAAAGUUUAAAGGAAAUUUUCUAAAAGAUAAAAUAUAUGGGAAAGGAACUCUAAUAUUACCAAUAUUCGAAGAUAGAGACUAAGAACUAGGAGAGUAUAAGGGUUCAUAAAAAUCAAGUAUAUUCUAAGACAAAGAUUAAAAUAAAGACAAAGUAAAAGAAACAAGAAUUUACGAAGGUUUAUGGAAGGAUGAAGAAGGAAAAGGUAUUUAUGUAGAAGAAAUUGAAUUCUCUGCAUAAAAAGAAGGAGAGGAUAUACCUAUUCAAGUAAUAGAAGAGCCUGAAUAAAUUGUAACUAAAUAGCGCUGGAAGAUAUGA